AUGCUCGACGAGGAUGCAAGGACAGUAUCGCUAAGCGGUCUGAGCCUGGCCAUAUUCAUUGUCUCUAUUGUUUGCCUUGGCAUGUCUAUGAUUUCCGUGGGACUCAGGACAUACAUCAGAUUAUUUGAUAAUGUCUUCGGCUUGGAUGACGGUUUAAUCCUGGCUGGUCUAGUCAUAUAUGCUGUCGAUGUUUCGCUCGCAUGUCAUGGCACCACCGUUGGACUUGGAACAAGAGACGCGGAGAUCAAUUUGUGGCUGUCUGUGGAGGGCAAGAAAUAUCUCAUGCUGUGGAUGAUGAUAUAUGUCGUUGGUCUUGCAACGAUCAAGAGUUCCAUUUGUGUCACGUUAUUCCGUGUGGCGGCCACGAACAGAACAUACAAGAUCGCCAUCUACGUUCUUCUGGGCUUAACGAUCUCCACAUUCAUCGUCACCAUCGUGGGUAUCCUUUUGCUUUGCAGGCCAGUGUCGGCAAAUUGGACUGGGCAAGGACAGUGUGCAGGCAUGAGCUCUAUGGUUGCGCUCUCUUAUACCUCGACAGCCUCAACCAUUGUUACCGACCUGUCUCUGGCUGUCUUGCCCGGAAUCAUGGUCUUCGGAACACCCAUGAAGCUCCUUCAAAAGCUCUCGGUGGUGGGUCUCUUAUCAUUCGGAUCUUUCGCCUCAGUGACGACAAUGGCAAGGGCGCCGUUCAUCGAACAUUACUGGACACCGCUUGACAACUUAAAUUACUGGACGGGCUUCAUUGUCCUGCUAUCAAACAUUGAAAGCGCCAUCGGCUUGAUCGCCUCCUCGAUCCCCUCGAUCAACAAGUUCAUUUACAGACGGACAACCCUUGCUCACAAACAACCAGAGCCGCUCAAGCCUCACCGAAAAUCGUUGGUCACCUUUGGGAGCAUACCUGUCCGGCCUAAAGGGUCUAGCAAGAGGUUCUUGAACCCGACGGAUCAGGGAAUGAGUUUUGCGAGUGUCCAUACAGGUGACUGGGCGCGACUGCAAGAUCGGGAUUCGGAUACUUCAAGAGACGAAGUCAACGGAAUCCGUGCCGAGUAUACCUACCAAGUGGAGCUGUCAAAAAUAGAGACGAAAUGA